AUGGCCGCUCCGCUUGAGGCUCGCCAGGACAACUGCCCUGUCGUCCAGCAGGGUGACUACGUCUGGAAAAUCAGCAACUUCACCGCUCGCAAGCUCGACGGCAAGACCAUCAGCUCGCUCAGCUUCAACAUCAAGGCCACCAACGCGGGCACGCUCGACUUCGACUGCUCAUCCGCCAGCAAUGUCGAGGAUGGCAAAUUCUACCAGUGCGGCGACAACUCCUUUAUCUACUUCGCCUACCAGGCCGACCGCAACGGCCUCAUCCUGAAGCAGGAUGUCUCCGACGACAUCCAGUUCGUCGCUACCACCACUCUGCCCAACUAUUGCCGCGCUGGUGGAUCCGGCCCCGACGACUACGUCUGCCAGGGUACAUCUCCCGCAUACAUCACUCUUGUUCAGUACCCUGGCAAACUUGAGUAA